AUGUACCAUCAUCGCUACAAUCUUAUGUCUUUGGAGAUCCGUAACCAACGCGCACACAUCCUCUACUCUUCGCUCAAAAACUCAGGUGACUAUCCGCUCUGGAAUGAGUCGGAUAUCCUCGAUUUAAUCGAACACGGUGUAGAAGACAGGCACAUCCGAGCGGAGUGGAACGACCUCGUAAACGCUUACCAAGCCUCCAAAGAUGGAGCAGCAGACGUCUUCUUGAACCUAUCCCGAUUUAAAGUUCAACGCCCACGUGUGAGCCAACAACUUGUAGCAGCGUGGAUGGCGAGAGGAUUGUCAAAAGACAUCUUCGGUCUGAACUAUCUUCGGUCUACGCCCGCGCCGUCUAUGGAAGAUGCGGCAAAGUGCUUGGCUGAGUUGGGUCGCAUGAUGGGUCCCUGCGAAACCAUGAGUACAGGAGAUAUCAUGACCAAGCUAAACGACGGUCUUACAGGCGAGCAAAUUUGCUGCUACUAUAAAGUCCGUCAACGGGAGGAGCAAUCCGAUCAAGCAGGAAACUUACUGCAUCAUGUACUUGGAGAUUCUAGAGCGGAUCUGGACGAUAAGGACUUGUGGAUAGAGCUGCAAUACGGUCUUCUAUACGCCACCACACACUUGCCGUCAGAGCCAUUCGUUGUGCAGCAUGAAACAUGGGUCCAAGAACAAUACAACGCGUACUUUCGUCUCGAGGCGGUUAUCAAUCCAUAUGUCUUCUAUGUCAAGACUAUAAGACUGGCAGGGACUACUAUCAUGAGACUGAAUCGGCGACGAAACAAUUGCAUCAAAGGAGGGAACCGUUCGAAAGCUUUGAACACAAUAGUUACCCCAGAGCACCUAACAGCCUAUCGUAACGUUCGUGCGAAGAUUGAAGGUAAGACGAGAGACCUUGAUGUUGCGAACCAUAGCGAGCUUUGGCAAUUCCUCAAGAGACUAGCGGCGAAACUGCACCCACAUCCAAUUCCACCACGGAUCCAAGGAUAUCCGAUCAUACAGUCUACCAAAGAAGUGAGUUCAAGCGGAGGUGAUCCGAAAGCCUGGGUCGAUGCCGAAAACCAUGCUCUCUGGCGUUGCAUCAAUCUAUGGUGCUCACAUUAUGGCGUAGACAGAUUUGUACAGGAAGACAUAGACAAGGACACGCGUUCGGAUUUCACGUUUCUUAUCAAGAACGAAUGCGCACGUAAAGGUGUAGUAUCUGAUCGUAGCGCAGAAGAUAUCCUCAGCAAGGUAAGAGAUGCCAUUCGGCCUGGCCCUGUAGGGGAGAAGCCGAUUAUCGAUCUAUCCAAACGUGCUUAUGCGAUGGUGGAUGCGAUUAAGCUUGGGAUAGAAAUUCCAGACAAUCUCAGACGCCCGGCUGAGGCUAUUCCAGGAUUUCCCAUACCGUAA